CUUUACUCAAGCUACUCCUAAUUAUUUCUCUUUGUGCCUUAUACGGGCUCCUGGACUCACUACUAUGAGCGGUAUCACCUCUGACAUGCCGAAGUCCAUCGCGUCGAACCAUGUCGAACCCGUGGGCGGGGCGAGGGACGAUACGGAGAAAAAUGAGGUGGUUGAUCGCAUUACACUAGAACCUGUUGGGAAUAACGUGAGCAUCACAGAGAAAGAUUCGACUAUAUACCAGGGUGGUGUUCAACGAGUGAGAGCCAUCACUUCGGUAUGGUCUAAAAAUACGAUGUGGCUCAUGUUUGGCCUGCUUUACCUUGUCUCUUUCGUCGAUAUGCUCCUGGUCUCGGUCCAAACCUCGCUCAAUCCAUAUAUCACUUCCUCAUUUCACAAACAUGGACUGCUUACGGUUGUCAGCGUCAUGUCUACGAUUCUCGGUGGCUCCUCGAAACUGACUCUGGCCAAAAUUAUUGAUAUCUGGGGACGUGUUGAAGGUUUCCUGUGUAUGCUUCUUAUCGUCGUGAUAGGGCUUAUAAUGAAGGCAACUUGUAAGAACAUCGAAACCUAUGUCGCAGCGCACACUCUGUACUGGGUGGGCCAUAUUGGGAUGAUGUAUGUGGUUGAUAUCAUGUUGGCCGACAUGACGACCCUGAAAAAUCGAAUGAUCAUGUUCGGGAUUAACGGUACGCCGAGUAUCGCGAGUACUUUCGCUGGGCCGAGGAUCGCAACCCUAUUCUACAACAACCUCAAUUUUCGCUGGGCAUUUGGCGCCUUCGCAAUCAUGACCGCUGGCACCUCAAUUCCCAUUGUGGCAGUUAUGCUGUAUACGCAGCGCAAGGCUCAGAAGAUUGGCGCCCUGGAGAAGAGCGCAUCCGAGAGAAAUUGGUGGCAAACUAUCCUUCACUACUUUAUUGAAUUCGAUGUCAUCGGGAUCAUCUUGAUUACUGCGGUGUUUUCUCUCAUCCUCCUUCCCUUCAGCAUCUCGGCGCAUGCCCCCAAGGGAUGGGCAAGCGGAUAUAUUAUUGCCAUGGAAGUCCUCGGGGUAGUUUGCAUCCCGGCAUUCUACGUAUGGGAACGAUACUUCUCCCCAGUGCAGUUCCUCCCCUGGAAAUACCUCAAGGAGCCAACUAUCAUCGGCUCGUGUCUUCUCUACUGUGUGAUGUUCAUCUCCUGCUUCACCUGGAACAGCUUCUUCAGCUCCUACCUCCAAGUCGUCCACAGACUCGACAUGACAACAGCCAACUACGUCCUCAACUCCUUCUCCCUAACCUCCUACAUCUUCAGCCCAAUUUUCGGCCUCCUAAUCCGUUACACCGGCGAAUUCAAAUGGACCGUCUUCACCGGAAUCCCCAUCCUCCUCCUGGGCACAGCCCUCCUCAUCCCCUUCCGCCAACCCUCCACCCACGUCGGCAUCCUAACCAUGACCCAAAUUCUCGUCGGCCUGGGCACCUGCAUUUUCAGCGUCUGCGGCCAGCUAGCUAUCAUGGCCCCCGUAACACACCAAGAGAUCGCCGUCGUCGUCGCGAUCUGGGGCCUGUUCGGCUCCAUCGGCGCGGCAGUGGGUUCGGCGAUUGCCGGGGGGAUGUGGAAUAAUUUGGUCCCCGGGGAGUUGUACCGUAGGUUGCCAGAUGAGAGUAAGGCUAACAGUUCCAUUAUAUUUGGGGAUAUGGUUAUGCAGAUGGGGUUUGCUGAUGGGUCGUUGGAGAGGGAGGCGGUUGUGGGGGCUUAUGCGGAUGUACAGAGGAAGAUGGUUAUUGCGGGGGUCUGUUUUGUGCCGCUUUGUCUGGGGUGUGUUUGGUUUUGGAGGAAUAUUAAUGUGAAGCGGUUAAUGAGGGAGCAGACUACGGGAAAUGUUUGGUAGGGAGUUUGUUAUGUAGUGGGUAGGUUACGGUUAAAGCUCAGUGAAAUUGGUAGAGUUGGGGUGAUGGUCUAGUGUUGAGGAAUGAUAGAGGAAUAAAAUACUAGAUAACAGUGAGUGAUGUAGAUCCAUGGACAUUAGAUGUCUCCUUUGCUGUCGUUACAGACCGAGAUGAAAGGGAAACAAA